CGAAAGGGUACAGAGGAGAUACAAGAAAGAGUGAUGGAAAUACAACAAAGAAUUGAAGCACAAAUGGCUAAAUUAAGACAACUGUUGAUUGGAUCAAUGAAAGGAAAAUGAGUCGCUGGUGUAUCAAGGACAGGAGAUGAGGUUAAUGUGGAAGAGCCAUUAUACCCUCCUGGAUUCACUCCACCUCAAGUUCAGGUUCAAGUUCCUCGGGGUAUACACAUACAACCACCAAGUGCGCAGCCAUACCCCUAUGUCAAUCAUUCUGCAAAUCAGCAGCCGACCCACUUGAAUGCCAAUUCGGGACCCAUCCCAGUCGAUCCCAUCAUGGUACCAAAUCUUGACGACCCUGUUGAGCAAGAGAAAUCUCACGAAAUGUCAGAACCUGUUAUAAAUUCAAAAAUUCAAGACAAGUAUGACCAGCUUGAAGAGAGGCUUAAAGCGGUUGAAGGUAAUGACACUUAUGGGGUUAUUGACGCCAACGAGCUUAGCCUAGUGCCUGACUUGGUUAUCCCACCAAAAUUUAAGACCCCAGAUUUCGAGAAAUACGAUGGGACAAAGUGUCCAUCUGCUCAUAUCACCAUGUUUUGUAGAAAGAUGAUGGGUCAUACCCAUAAUGACAAACUAUUGAUACACUAUUUUCAGGAUAGUUUGACUGGUUCAGCAGCUAAAUGGUACGUGCAAUUAGAUCGAAAUAAGAUCAGUUCAUGGAAAAACUUGGCCAAAGUUUUUCUUGCUCAGUAUAAGCACGUCUUGGAUACAGCCCCUGAUAGACUGUCAUUACAAAAUAUGGAGAAAAAGUCGACGAAAACCUUCAAAGAAUACGCACAUCGGUGGAGAGAUGCAGCAGCCCAAGUACAACCACCACUGACUGAAAAAGAGAUAACCGUGCUAUUCGUCAAUACACUGAAGGCCCCGUAUUAUGACAGAUUGGUGGGAAAUGCCACGAAAAACUUCUCUGACAUGGUAAUUUCAGGGGAGAUGAUAGAAAACGCUAUCAAAAGUGGUAAAAUUGAAGGGUCUGAAAAGAAGAUAGCUACCUUAAGGAAGAAAGAGCAGGAGACACAUGUUGUCACUCACACAAAUCCCCCACACCAUCCUUUUGUUUCAUAUAACCCACACCCCCAUUACUACUCUACCAUAAACCAAAUCUCUCAACAACCAUACCAUUAUCGGGCCCCCCAACAACCGUUACCCAGAUCAAAUUUUAGCCCUCAACCAUCCAAUUACACCCCGACACCUCCAGCUCGACCAUUUACUCGACCAACCUACCCAAACAGCAAUCAAAGAAACUCACAGAAUAAUAACAAUCGAGAAAGACCUCAUUUUGACCCAAUUCCCAUGCCAUACACAGAUUUGUAUCCUCGACUUGUUGAGAAACAUCUACUUGCUCCUGUUAUUAUUGAACCUUUGAAACCUCCGUUUCCCAAAUGGUAUGACCCCAAUGCAUAUUGUGAUUAUCAUUAUGGGAAUCCAGGUCAUUCCACUGAGCAUUGUACUGCUUUGAAGCAUAAAGUGCAGGGGUUAAUCAAUGAAGGAGUAUUAAAUUUUGAUACCAGCCAACAAGGGACUCCAAAUGUCAAUGGGAACCCUCUAUUGGUGAAAGUGUCUACCAUUGAUUCAAAGAAUAAGUUUGGGCGUAGACCAGUAACUAUCUAUUAUGAUGAGAAGCCAACAUCGAAGCUAGAAAAACCCGUCUCUCGACCAGUGGUGACAAUUAAAGUUCCUGGCCCUUUUCCAUAUCAGAAUGAUAAAGCAGUACCUUGGAAGUACGAUUAUGAUGUCGUAGUCAACCCAGAUACUGCCAACAUAACGGGUGUAGGAGGCAUAACCCGAAGUGGCAGGUGCUAUACCCCAGAGGCUCUAGAAAAAGCUAGAAAGGAGAAAGCCAAGGUAGGGGAAGAAAAUAAAAGUCAGAGUGAUCUUGAUGCAACACCAGAAAAAGAAUGUCAGAAGCCAGUAUCUGAGAGUGAAGUAGGUGAAUUUUUGAAGUUAAUAAAACAUAGUGAGUAUAGCGUGGUAGAACAGCUUAACAAGAUGCCAGCUAGAAUUUUGCUAUUGUCAUUAUUGCUCAAUUCAGAGUCACACCGUAAUGCUUUGCUGAAGGUGCUAAAUCAAGCAUAUGUGUCUCACAAUGCUUCUGUUGAAUAUGUGGAACAGCUUGUUGGCAAUCUGACGAUUUCAAACUAUAUUUUUUUCAAUGAUGAAAAAAUUUCUCCUGAGGGUAGAGGAAGUACCAGGGCUCUUCACAUUACUGUGAAAUGUAAAAGUCAUAUAAUGGCUAAGGUUUUGAUUGAUAAUGGCUCAUCCAUCAAUGUUAUGCCUGCAACUACUCUGGCAAAACUCCCUGUUAAUGGAUCUUAUAUGAAACCUAGUCAUAUGAUAGUGAGAGCCUUUGAUGGAACCAGAAGAGAAGUGCUGGGAGAUAUAGAAGUGCCAUUGCAGAUUGGUCCAUGUACUUUCAACGUGAAAUUUCAAGUCAUGGACAUCUCUCCUUCAUAUAGUUGUCUAUUGGGUAGACCGUGGAUCCAUAUGGCAGGUGCUGUCCCAUCCUCAUUACAUCAGAAAGUCAAAUUCAUUGUUGAAGGAAAGCUAACAUGUGUGGCAGGAGAAGAAGAUUUAUUGUCAGACAGCUUACCAAGAUGGGAUGGCGACCUGAAGUCAGACUUGGGAAGAACCUGCAAGGAAUCACGAAGCCAUCGGCCAUAUAUGAAAAGAGAGACAGAUUUACCGGGAGCCCCAAGUGCAGGAUUCAUGGAAAAAUUUUCAGAGCUGGCCAUUCAAAUGGUGGAUGAUGGAGAAAAGAAGAGUCGAAGUGAAGAUCUAUUCGUGUACCCUUGUCCUUUAGAUUUUAAGCUGGAUAAUUGGGAAGUUACAGAGCUGCCUUUCAUUUUACCUUUCAUCCUUUUCUUUCCUACAUUUUCUUGCCAUUCCAUUUUUGUGUGCCAAUAUUCUCUCCAUAUUACCCUUUGCAGGGUCUCAAACAAUGAACAUGAGGAUAAUCAUGGCAUUAAUCUCGGAUUUGAUUUUGAAAACUUAAUUCAUGUUGAUGAACUUGAUAAUGAGGAAGAUUCAGAUAACUAUACACUGCCUCUUGAUUUGUUAAAAUUAAUAGAACAUGAAGAUAAGCCAAUUGAACCCCACCAAGAAAUUACUGAAUCAGUAAAUUUGGGAGAUGGUGAGAAUAAAAGAGAGGUCAAAGUUGGUACAUCUCUUUUAUCAGCUGAAAGACAGGAGCUAGAAGAGCUGCUCCGAGAAUAUGUAGAUGUGUUCGCAUGGACUUACCAGGAUAUGCCAGGACUCAGCACUGAUAUUGUAGAGCACAAGUUACCUUUAAAACCAGGAUGUAAGUCGAUGCAGCAAAAGCUAAGGCGCAUGAAACCAGAGAUGCUGCUAAAAAUUAAAGAGAAAGUGAAGAAACAAUUCGAUGCCAGAUUUUUGGAAGUGGCAAAAUAUCCUGAAUGGGUAGCCAACAUAGUGCCAGUUCCUAAGAAGGAUGGAAAAGUGAGAAUGUGUGUCGAUUAUCGAGAUUUGAAUAGAGCAAGCCCUAAGGAUAACUUUCCUUUACCUCACAUCGAUACUCUAGUGGAUAAUACUGCUAGGCACUCUACAUUUUCCUUUAUGGAUGGUUUCUCAGGCUAUAAUCAGAUCAAGAUGGCUCGAGAUGAUAUGGAGAAAACUACAUUUGUGACCAUGUGGGGAACAUUCUGUUACAAAGUCAUGCCUUUUGGGUUAAAAAAUGCUGGUGCUACUUAUCAAAGAGCAAUGGUGACUCUUUUUCAUGACAUGAUACAUAAAGAGAUAGAAGUGUAUGUAGAUGAUAUGAUUGCAAAAUCUCGUGAAGGAGAGGAUCAUAUAGUCAGUCUCAAAAAGCUAUUCGACAGGUUGAGAAGAUUUCAGUUGAAGUUGAAUCCUGCCAAAUGUACAUUUGGAGCCAAAUCAGGAAAACUAUUAGGCUUUGUAGUCAGUGAAAAAGAAAUUGAAGUUGAUCCAGAUAAGAUACAAGCCAUCCAAAACUUAUCCCCUCCUCAUACCUCAAAAGAAGUGCGAGGCUUCUUAGGGAGAUUAAAUUAUAUUGCUCGCUUCAUCUCUCAACUCACUUAUAAGUGUGAUCCUAUUUUCAAGCUUCUCAGAAAACAUGAUCCUGGAGAAUGGAAUGAUGAAUGCCAAGAAGCUUUUGAUAAGAUCAAAGAAUACUUGUCAAAUCCACCUGUGUUAGUGCCACCAAUGCCAGGAAAACCUUUGAUUUUGUACUUGACAGUGCAUGAAAAUUCAAUGGGAUGUGUGCUGGGGCAAAGAGAUGAAACUGAUAAGAAAGAACGAGCAAUUUACUACUUGAGCAAGAAGUUCACUGAUUAUGAGUCAAAGUAUUCACCAUUAGAGAAGAUGUGUUGUGCAUUAACCUGGACAGCUCGAAGGCUUAGACAAUACAUGCUUUAUCACACUACUUGGCUCAUAGCAAAGCUGGAUCCUAUUAAGUAUAUCUUCGAAAAGCCCUCAUUGACAGGAAGAAUAGCACGGUGGCAAGUUAUGCUUUCAGAAUAUGAUAUCAUUUACGUGACUCAAAAAGCUAUUAAAGGGAGUGCAAUAGCUGAAUUUCUAGCUGAUCGUGCAGUUGAAGAUUAUGAGCCAAUGAAAUUAGAUUUUCCUGAUGAGGAUGUGAUGGCCAUUGAAGAAAAUGAACCUGUUGAAAAAUCAUGAAGGAUGUAUUUUGAUGGAGCUACUAAUGCUUUGGGUCAUGGUAUUGGGGCAAUUUUGAUAUCUCUUGAUGGACAUUAUUACCCCAUCACAGCCAGAUUAAAUUUUAAUUACACAAACAAUGUGGCUGAAUAUGAGGCCUGUGUUAUGGGUCUACAAACAACAAUUAAAAAGAAGAUCAAAGUGUUAGAUGUGUUUGAAGAUUCAGCUUUAGUCAUCUAUCAGUUACGAGGUGAAUGGGAAACAAGAGACUCUAAGUUGAUUCGGUACCAUAAAUACAUCUCUGAGUUGGUUAAGCAAUUUAAAGAAGUUCAGUUUGAGCAUCUACCUAGAGAGGAAAACCAAAUUGCUGAUGCACUGGCUACUCUAGCUGCAAUGAUCAAAAUAGAUGCAAGUACUGAAAUCCAACCCAUCAAGCUGGAUGUGAAAGAUGUACCAGCACAUUGCUCAGGUGUUGAAAAAGAAGUUGAUGGGAAGCCAUGGUAUCAUGAUAUCAUGCAAUACAUUAAAAGCCAGCAAUACCCAAAACAUGCAACUAAAAAUGAUAAGAGGACUAUCAGAAGAUUGGCUAUGAGUUUCUUCAUUAAUGGAGAUAUCCUUUACAAAAGAGGUCGAGAUCAAGUGCUCUUAAGAUGUGUAAAUGCAGCUGAAGCAAAGAAGAUUAUUGAAGAAGUGCAUGAUGGAGUUUGUGGGGCACAUGCAAAUGGUCAUAUGAUGGUUAGACAAAUUAUGAGGGCUGGCUAUUAUUGGUUGACAAUGGAGAGUGACUGUAUUGAUUAUGCUAGGAGAUGUCAUAAAUGUUAGAUUUAUGCUGACAAGAUUCAUGCUCCACCAUCAACAUUACACGUUCUAGCUCCUCCCUGGCCAUUCUCAAUGUGGGGUAUGGAUGUCAUUGGUCCCAUCACUCCAAAAGCUUCGAACGGGCAUAGAUUCAUUUUUGUGAUGAUUGAUUACUUCACCAAAUGGGUAGAGGCUGCAUCAUAUGCUAGCGUGACCCGAUCUGUGGUAUGUAAGUUCAUAAAAAGAGAGAUAAUAUGCAGAUAUGGGCUUUCGGAGACAAUUAUUUCUGAUAAUGCCAAAAAGUUGAACAACAAAAUGAUGAAUGAAGUAUGCACUCAGUUUAAGAUUCGCCAUCGUAAUUCGACACCAUAUCGUCCAAAAAUGAAUGGGGCAGUGGAGGCUGCAAAUAAGAAUAUCAAGAGAAUCCUAGAGAAAAUGACUGAAACUUACAAAGAUUGGCAUGGGAAGUUACCUUUUACCUUGCAUGCCUAUAGAACAUCAGUUAGAACGUCUACUGGAGCCAUACCGUUCUAUUUGGUAUAUGGUAUGGAAGCUGUGCUACCAGUCAAAGUGGAAAUUCCCUCACUGAGAGUCCUGAUGGAGGUAGAGUUAGAGGAAGCAGAAUGGGUUCGAAAUUGCUACGAGCAGUUAAACCUCAUAGAAGAGAAAAGACUGUCAGCACUUUGUCAUGGUCAAUUAUAUCAAAAGAGGAUGAUGAGAGCACAUGACAAGAAAACUCGUCCCCGUUGCUUUAGGGAAGGAGACUUAGUGUUAAAAAGAUUCCUUCCAAAUCAACAUGAUAAUCGGGGGAAAUGGACACCAAAUUGGGAAGGCCCGUAUGUGGUGAAAAAGGCUUUUUCUGGUGGGGCAUUGAUUUUGGCAGAAAUGGACGGAGGUGAUUUACCUACCCCAAUAAAUUCAGAUGUUGUGAAGAAAUAUUUUGCUUAA